AUGGAGUCGCGGUUAUUCGAAGAACUUCUUCAACACCAUGCUGCCACAUCAAUAGUUCCACCAGCAACUUUAUUACAAACACAGCUCGAGAAUCUUGCGGCGGCAGCGCAAACUUCAUCGCUUCCAACUGUCGAUUCUCGAACUUUAUACACGACUCCACCAAAUGUGCCUUUGACAAUAUCAACAAAUUCAAUAGCUAAUAAUAAUCCAGCAACACCGGUCAAUAAUAAUGCACGACAGAUUUAUCUAGAUGCACCACUUUGUUAUAAUCAAACACAUUCACAUCAUCAUCAUCAUCAUUUGCUACAAAGACAACAGUUUCAACAAGAUGCAGCUCAUUUAGCAGCAAGAAGAGCACAGGUAUGAACAAUGUUUCCUUAGCCGAGUUGGAGAAACUCCGGAAAAUGUCACUUUCAGAAAUAGAACUUUGAAGUUUGUGCAAAUUUCACGGAUCAUUUGAUUUUCAGAAAAUUGAAUGAGAAAAAAAGAUUUGAAAGCACAACAAUAAAAAAUUGGAUUCUCUGGUACUAUUCAGAUUUUUCAUUGAAAAUACAAAGCCAAAAAAACUCACUAAUAACGCUUUUUUGUCAAAAACUUGUAUGAGUACGACCACGUUUCAUACUUAUUUAAAAAUCAAAAAAAUGUUUUCCUUUAGUACCAACAACACCGCGCCCGUCUUUCCAACAAUGCGGCAUUCAACCAACUCAAAGACACCGUAGUUCGUGUGCAGCAACGAAAACGACAACGCGAAGCAAAUCUCUCAAACCCAGCGGAAGAAGAGCAAAACACCGCCUCUUCAUCUUCUUCAUCACUUCCAUCUUCCUCUUCAGCGGCUAAAAUCCGACGAAGAGAAAGUGCAGAAGCAUCGGAGGCCGGGGCAUCGAGUUCGACAACAUCUACAUCAACAUCGACUGAUAGACGAUGCGGGGGAAAUCAACAAAUUACGGGUCCCGUUAGACAACACGAAUCGCGCAAUUGUCAUUAUUGCAAUAGUACACCUCAACAACAAGUUAUCCAAACUCGUCAACCAAUGUAUACUGCAAAUGAUAUUGCACUUGCUGCAAGUGCUGCAGCUGCAGCAGCAACCGCCGCAGCUGCCGCAGUAAACUCGUAUAUCAGACCAGCUCAACCAACACACGUUUUAUAUCCCUUGAAUAAUCAUGUUCGCCUGCUACAAGAAGCAAUUAUGACAAAUCAUGUGAAUCAACAAUAUCAAUAUGCUCCACUGAGUUAUUCGUCAGUUCCGCUGCAAAAUGCCGGAGUUUAUGUGCUACAACCGGUAUGUUUAUCAUAAUACAUAUAUUUAUCUAGUUGAGAACUUGAACUUUUCAGCACCUCCGAGAUCUGACUUAUAUGUUCAAUUUCAUAAGUGCUGAUGUUUUACGAGAUCGUGGAACUAUUGAUAGACAUCAUAUGUUUACAACUGCUGAUGAUGUUCCUGUUGGAGCGAGUACACAAGAUAUCGAAAAACAUACCAAGAAAGUUGUUUUCGAGAAGGAUGAAGAGGAAAAACCCGAUGAAACAGAUAGAUGUACUGUUUGUCUAUGCGAUUUUGAAGGUGGAAAGGUUAGUAAAAUAUAUAAAUUCUCUAAUUGCAAACUAAAACACGUUUCAUUUUUCAGGAAGUUCGAAAACUGCAAUGCGAUCAUAUUUUCCAUCCGGAUUGCAUUGAUAAAUGGCUAUUUUACAAUAAAAAAUGCCCCGUUUGUCGGAUGGAAGUUGACAAGAAACUGACACCCGCUGCUACUUCUUCGGUAGAAAUACCGUUGUAA